AUGGACAAGAAGAACAAGUGUCAAGAUAGAGGGGAUACGCUGUCGUCUUCAAUUUCUUCAAAAGAGAAAGACGACAACGAGCAUAUGGAUGAAUCAGAUGAAAGAUCUCAAUCACCAAUUUUAAUUACACAUCACCAGGAACAACAUCAACAACAACACCAACAACAAAGUUGCGUAAAACAACAUGUUAAUUCUUCGGGAACAACUAAAGUACGACCUAGUCUUUCAUUUGGAAUCAGUAGAAUUUUAGACAAUGAUUCUAAUUCAGAUUCGGACUUUCAGUCAGGUGGUGAGGACAACGGGCCUUGUGAUGGCCGUUCGAGACGUGAAAACGUCACACCGGACAAACAUUGUUUAUCUGUGAAAACACCCCCAAAUGACGAUGACAAACCAUUCAUACAAGUUCCUAAACUUACACCAGAAUUGUUUGCAUCUGUAUCAAAUGGUUACCAUGGAUUCCACGUGCCUCUGGCGGUACCUAUUCACCGACCCCACCCCGUUUUUCCAACUAUGACGUCAUAUACACUACCAGGAUGGCUCGACCUACGACGGGACAGAUUUGGUGUGACAAGACGAAUAGGCCAUCCAUACCAAAACAGAACACCUCCAAAACGGAAAAAGCCCAGGACAUCUUUUACCAGACUACAAAUUAUGGAACUCGAAAAACGCUUCCACAGACAGAAAUACUUAGCUUCAGCUGAAAGGUCUGCUUUAGCUAAGGCAUUGAAGAUGACAGAUGCUCAGGUGAAAACAUGGUUUCAAAACCGUCGAACAAAAUGGAGACGACAGACAGCUGAAGAGCGGGAAGCCGAGCGCCAGGCAGCCAAUCGGUUGAUGAUAAGUCUGCAAGCGGAAGCCAACAAGACAAUAUAUGACAUUCGAGACCCCUUGUGCAUGAGCAAUUCUUCCCUACACGCACUUCAAAAUCUUCAGCCAUGGGUUGAUGAUUCCUCCCGUAGUGACCGGUGA